ACUCUUAUUUUUAACCGAAUAUCUUUGCAAAAGUGUUCAUUGUGUCAAUUCAGAGCUCAGAAAUAUUGGAAUAAUGUGCUUAAGGGGACUGACACUCAAGGCGCACAACAGGACAACACAACAACCACAUUUUCAAUUGACAAUCAUUGCUUUAAAUGGAUGUGGUUGAUUGUUUAUAUAUGCCUAUACAAAUCUAUGUAUUUAACUUGUAAAGCAAGGUUGGAUUAGUAGGUCUAAGCAACAUGCACCUGGAUAAUCGCGUCAUGAAUCGGGACGGGCUCCUACGUCCCUACAUUAUGACAUAAUAAAGACAUAGAAGCAUACCCAUUUAUACAGGUUCUACACAUUCCAUUUCUGUAAACAUUCUAUUUUGCGCCAAACACCACCUACAACUCAAUUCUAAGUGCAGCAUAUUGGACGACUCCACAGUCAUUGAUCAUUCGCAACUUUAAGUCAUUUCUGUUAUCUCUAGAGCAUCCCGUAUAUCUAUAGCGCUGCAUUUCUUCCCCAUCUUACCAUGGAUAGGGUUUGGUGCAUUCCGGAGUUCACUUAUGGUCCCACAAAGGAAUUCUGUAGAAGCAGCCUUUAUUUUCAGACUCUGCAGGCCUGCUGGGAGGAAACAUAUUACAAUAAACAGAAGAAGCUCAUGGUCCACUAUCUGCUGCUCCAGAGUCAAGGCCAGGUCCCGCCCCAUGUCACCACGGAGCACAUGAGCAACUGGCUGGUGUCUCAGGGCAAAAAAUCCCUUAGGGAGAGGGUGUGGAAGGAAACCCUGGAGGAGGGAAACGACCUCGCUCGGCUGGCCUGGGAAGUAAACACUUGCCUAAAAAUGAUGGACAUAGAGCACGAGGCUUUCUGCAAGCUCCGCCGCUCCAUGCACUCCACCUCGGCAGCUGACAUCGAUCCUAAAGUCCACAUCAUCGUGGAGAGAGCUGUGAGGAGCAUUCUGGACGAGCAGUCCAAUGAGCCCCGUAGCAACCUGCUCAGCCCAUCUCAGGUGGUGGUGGAGGUGGUGCCCAGGCUCCUCCUGGCCCUGUGGCUUCAGCCAGAGGAAGGCCAUUCAGAGCACCCAAUCCUAAUAAGCGGGAUGGCCGUAGGCAUGGUGGCGGCCGUAGUGGAGAAGCUCUCCUGCUUGUUAAAGGACCCUUCCCCUCACAUCCAUUUCUCCCGGGCUGCUGCUUUUGACUCUGUGCGGUCGAUCCUCGGGAGAAUCAGUCAGUCCUUCUCCACGGAUGACCUCCAGAGCCCUUUUUAUAUGAGCUCUGUCUGUGCCUUUGUGGUGGACGAGGUGCAGAGCUGCUUCCAGCCCCCUGCAGCCACCCUACCAGUCCCCCCUGUCCUCGCGGUGGCCGUUUUCACCACACUACCAGCUGACAUCCAAGCAGACCAGGCUUCUUCCCACCUGGAGGUUGUGGACAUCACCCCAAAAACAGAGGCAGACCCAGCUUCUUUCCACCUGGAGGUUGUGGACAUCACCACUAACAAAGAGGCAGAUCCGGCUUCUUCCCACCUGAAUGUGGUGGACAUCACCACUAACAAAGAGGCAGACCCAGCUUCUUCCCACCUGAAUGUGGUGGACAUCACCACUAACAAAGAGGCAGAUCCGGCUUCUUCCCACCUGAAUGUGGUGGACAUCACCACUAACACAGAGGCAGAUCCAGCUUCUUCCCACCUGAAUGUGGUGGACAUCACCCCUAAUACAGAGGCAGAUCCGGCUUCUUCCCACCUGAAUGUGGUGGACAUCACCACUAACAAAGAGGCAGACCCAGCUUCUUCCCACCUGAAUGUGGUGGACAUCACCACUAACAAAGAGGCAGAUCCGGCUUCUUCCCACCUGAAUGUGGUGGACAUCACCACUAACAAAGAGGCAGACCCAGCUUCUUCCCACUUGGAGGUUGUGGACGUCACACCUGAAGAAAGGAAUCUCACGAUGGCCGUCUUCGCCACUCUGCCAGCUGACAUCCAAGCAGAGGAUGUUGCUGUGGUCAUCCCGGAAGUCACCCCACAUGUCACCAAGGACGUGACACUGGAUGUUCCAUGCAGAGCAAGGAAAGGGGCAGUCCGGCGAUUAUUUUGCAGGCUUUGGAGGGCAGUGUGCUGCUGCGCCUGCCACAAGGAAGAGGAGGAACAAUAUUAAUUAUUCAUCAGUCCUUCAGAAAUGGGAUUGAACCAUAGACCAUUAAAUUA